AUGCCUCCGGAGAAUGCGCCCAAGAAGAAGGACCUUCGGGCCUGGGACGCCCUCACCCCUCCACUCUCCGACUUCAUCCUCGACGCCGUUCAGUCUAUGGGCUUCUCGCGAAUGACACCGGUACAAGCCGCAGUAUUGCCCUUGUUUCGCAAGAACAGUGAUGUGGUGGUCGAAGCCGUUACCGGUAGCGGAAAGACGUUGGCAUUCCUUCUGCCAAUAUUGGAGAGAAUCCUUCGAUCAGAGGAAUCGCUGAAGAAACACUAUGUCACCGGCAUCAUCGUCAGUCCUACGAGGGAGUUGGCAAUUCAGAUCCACAAUGUACUGCUCUCGAUCCUCGCAUUCCAUCCUGCCUCGGCCGAGAUUCUUCUCUGUCUGAAGACCGAAGAAAAGCGACCUACCACGACCGAGCCUGUUAUCGUCCCGCAGCUUGUCGUCGGUGGCUCAACGAAGCCGCAAGCAGAUCUCGCCUUCUUCGUGAGGCACUCCCCGAACCUUAUUGUUGCAACACCUGGCCGAUUGGCCGAGCUGCUAGCAUCUCCACACGUUCAUACCUCUUCCCUAGAAGUCUUGGUCCUCGACGAAGCCGACCGACUCCUCGAUUUGGGUUUCAAGGGCGAUUUACAGAGGAUACUGGGCUAUCUUCCCAAACAAAGAAGGACAGGCCUAUUUUCGGCAAGCAUGUCCGAAGCAGUGAAUGAGUUGAUCAGAGUGGGAUUACGGAACCCGCAACGUGUAGCAGUUACGGUCAAGAGUCUGAAAGAUGGCGGCGUCGUAGAAGAGAGGAAAACUCCUGCGAGUUUACAAAUGACAUAUGUGAUCACGCCUGCGAGCAAGAAGUUCCCGACUCUGAUGCAGCUAUUGACAAACCUGGAACCAAGACCGUCAAAAAGCAUCGUGUUUUUGAGAGUCACCGACCUCGAUUGGGUGGACCUCGCAGCUGGCUUUGGGCUCCUUCAACUGCCAAAGAUGCCAGAGCUCAAAGGCCUGGAUAUAGACCGGGCUCUUGGCCUCGGCAUCGAUGUUGAGGCCAUCACGUUCAAGGACAAGUCUAAGGAGAAGAAACGGCAGGCCGAGAUAGCUGAGAGGGAGGCCAAUAAGGAUGACAUAGAUGCUGCUGCAGCACAGCGUGCCCAGAAGAGGAGGAAGAACGAGGCCUGGAGCGAAAAGCACGAGAGGGCAGAGACGAGAGUCGCGAGAAGAGAGAAGAAGCAGCGGAAGAGGGAGGCAGCUAGACUUGCAAGCAUGACGGAUGUUGAGAAGGAGGAACAGAAGAAGCUUGACAAGAUGAUUGAAGAGAUCAGGCAACAUAAUGAGCAGCAGAAAGCAGGGGCGGCCGAAGACGACUCAUUUGAGGGCUUUGGGAAUUAG